AUGCACGAGGAUUUUGCGGCAGCAGAGGGCGAGGAGGCGCCCGAGGAGGACGCCGAGGAGGAGGACAUUGAGCUGUACCUGGAUGAGGGCAUAGUUGAGCGGGCCAUGCGCCUGGAGGAGGCGAAGGAGGAGCGGGACAGGCUGGCAGGCAAGAAGCCCACGCUGAGGCUGCCGCAGCAGUAUGGCCUGGAGUCGUGGCAGCCUGGCAUCAGCACGGCGCCGCAGCAGCAGGCGGCGGCGGCAGCAGCAGCAGGAGCAGAGGAGGGCCAGGCCGCCGCCACGACGCCGUCGUACGAGGAGCUGCUGCAGCAGCUGCCGGGCCUGCGGCUCCAGCUGCGUGUCGCAGCGCAGGAGCGUGUGGGGCUGGCCACCCAGGAGCGGGAGGCCGACCAGAUUGAGUAUGAGGAUGAUCGGUACCCGCGCAAGCCGGAGCCGCAGCUGGACGAGUGGGACCUGCGCGCCAAGAUGGAGAAGCGGCGGCGCCAGCAGCACGAGAUGCAGGAGUGGAAUGAACGGCGUUCGCGUGUGGGGCAGUACCCCUCUCUGGGCGCCGACUGGCGCACCGAUGUGCGGUGCCAGGGCACAGGCAACCCCACUGACCCCGACUACCGAGAGUGGACCCACAAGGAAGUGUGGGACCUGAUCACCAUGGGGGGCAUCAACGCAGACCCGCGGGACGUCGCCCUCUUUGUGCGCAACCCGCUGGAGAUUGCGGACGCCCCCGCCCAGGGCGCCGAGUACCGCAUGGACCCUGAGGAGUACUUUGAGUCGGUGGGGCGCCUGAUCCACGAGGAUGACUUGGCUGCCAUCGCCGCCGCCGACAAGGAUGCUGAGGUGGCGCUGCUGGCGUCUGAGUUCAGCGACUUUGACGACGAGCUGGUGGGCAGCCGCGACUUUGACGCAGACUACGCGGCGGCAGAGGGAGGGGGCAGCGACGAGGACUUCUGA